AUGUCAUUUAACAGUCCAUUUUUUGAUUUCUUUGACAACAUCAACAGCGAAGUUGAUGCUUUUAACAGAUUGCUAGGUGAGGGCGGCUUGAGAGGUUACGCACCAAGACGUCAAGUAGCAAACGCCCCUGCCAAGGAUUCUACUGGUAAGGAAGUUGCUAGACCAAAUAAUUAUGCUGGCGCUCUUUACGAUCCUAGAGAUGAAGCCUUAGAUGAUUGGUUUGACAACGACUUGUCCUUGUUCCCAUCCGGAUUUGGUUUCUCUAGAAAUGUCGCAGUUCCAGUUGAUAUUUUGGACCAUGACAAGAACUACGAGUUGAAGGUGGUGGUUCCUGGUGUCAAAAGCAAGAAGGAUAUUGAUAUUGAAUACCAUCAAAACAAGAACCAAAUUUUGGUUUCCGGUGAAAUCCCAUCUACCUUGAACGAAGAGAGUAAAGAUAAAGUUAAGGUUAAGGAGAGCAGCUCCGGUAAGUUCAAGAGAGUUAUCACUUUACCAGACUAUCCAGGUGUGGAUGCAGACAACAUCAAAGCGGACUACGCAAGCGGUGUUUUGACUUUAACAGUGCCAAAGUUGAAGCCUCAGAAGGAUGGUAAGAACCACGUUAAGAAGAUUGAAGUUUCUUCUCAAGAAUCAUGGGGUAAUUGA